AUGUCCCAGCCCGCCGGGCGCCAUCGCUCACCGCCGGCUCAAACCCAGCGCGCGGCCCCGCCCGCGCCUCUCAUUGGGCCGUUCGCCGUUCGAAAUCAGGCCCCGGCCGCCCAACGGCCACGCGGGGCUGCCCGCCGCGCCUGCCGCCGUGCGCCGCCUCCGGGCCUGCCCAGCCAAGGCCCCCGCGGGCGAUCGCGCUGGCUGCCUAAGGGCUGGGAGGGGUGGAACAGUGGGAGCGGCCUCAUCCCUCCGUCCCUCCAGCCCUUCAUCCCUCCAUCCCUGCAUCCUCCUCGUCGCUCCAUCCCUUCAUCCUCCUCAUCGCUCCAUCCGCCCUUCAUCCCUCCAUCCGUGCAUCCCAUACGCCUUCAAUCCCUCCAGCCCAUACGCCCUCAUCCCCAGCAUUUGCCCGCCCCUCGCCCCCACAAGUGUCGGGCCAGCGGUGCCGAGUUUGGGGAUGGUUCAGCUAGUGGUCACUUAGAAACAAACGUCUCUUUCUCCGAAAAUAAGUUUCAAAUUAAAGCAGCCGCCCGCCGCGGUUUUGUGGGUAAACUGAAGUCCCCACCGAACCUAUGGCCAGGGAACGCCGGGUGUGGGCGCAGAAAAAGUGUCGAGGUUUUUCCCAUCUGUUUCCGUCACUGGCGCUGCUUUCCCCUGCGUUACCUGGGCCCUGUGCCCCCGCCGAUCCAUUAUUUCCACCAUUCUCUGCUGACAGAGCCACGCUCCGCAAUCCAAGUGGCACUCGAACCAUUUGCUCCAGAACUGUUCAAACUUGCUCUGGACCAAAAUCCCAGGGAUGUGGCAUUUUCCAGCACAGGAGGGACUGAUAAGAGACUGAGAGAGCUGAGCUACACAUGGAAAGGACUCUCUCUGAGUUUGCCAUCUCUCCAGAAUGAGAGGGUCACAAGACCGGCCAGCAAACCUGCUCCAGCUUGGGCUUCUCCUUCCAUGGGGCCACAGAUCCUGCCAGGAGCUUGCUUCAGUGCAGACUUCCACCUCCUUCAGCCGUCCACCAGCUCUGGCAUGGGGUCCUUCAUCCGCUGGAGGAUGGGCAGCAGCAACAGAUGGACAGCUUGCCUCACCCUGGUCUUCACAUGAACUACCAGGAGAUUUCCCAGUGCCUGGAGCACUGCCUCCCCUGCUUCUUCACUGACCACGUGUCUGUGGAGUUGUUUCCUUUAUGUAUUCUCAAUGCUGUCUCCAGCUACUGCUCUGCAGCAGCUUUUUCACCCAUCUUAAAUGUGUUAUCCCAGAGGCACUAGAGCUGUCGUUGAUGGGCUCAGCAGAGGCAGUUCCAUCUUGGAGGUGAUUGGCAUUGGUUGUGUCAGACCUGGGGGAAGCUUCUAGCAGCUUCUCACAGAAACCUUCGUUGUAGUCCCCCUGCUGCCAAAACCUUGCCAUGCAAACCCAGCAGAGGUUUCUUCUCUGAAGAGAUAUGGUUUUGAUCCAUUGGAGCAAUCGUGCUGAGGAUGCAUUACUGAGACAAGACAUUCAUUCUGAAGACCUAUGGUUCUAGAGUUUAAUGGUUAAUAAAACUUCCUUGGGAGGAAAUAAAAGCUUCAGACUGGUAUAACUCUGCAUGUGGAAAGGAAAUUAAAAUUAUUCUUAUAUUGCUCCACCUUUAUAGAAUACUUGAGAUCAGAAGUGCUUCAAAAACUAUAUAUAGGGCACAGCUCACCUGCUGAAAUCCUGUACAAGUACAAAGGCAUUGACUUGGGCAGACCUCGAAGCAAAAGUUAGAUGAGACACUAAACAUGUCUCGUGUCACAAACUUGUCACAAGUUUUCCAGAAGGAUAUGUUGCCUUGUUUAAUUAUUAUUAAUGGCAACACAUAAAUUUUCAUAGAUUGUCAUAGAGUUUAAAGAAAUAACCUAUGUUCUCUAGUGUGACCCUGUUGUAUAUCACAAUCCAGCAAUUUAUGUACUGAGGGUAACAAUUGUUAGACAUUUUUUCAAAUGGGAGAAUAAUGUGUAUUUGUAUUGCAUAUGUUGGAAAAGUCUGUAACUGUUAUGAAAUUGUAUAAGAGAUGAAUUUAAACCUCUCCUCCAGCUGAUAAUAAAGCAAG